AUGUCCUCCGACUAUUCGAAACGUCGCAAGUCGACGAUCAAGUUGAUCUCCGAAGACGCGAACGAGGUUGUCGAGUACAGCGAGGAGCGCGAGCAAGAGGAAUACGUCUAUUCCCACGAACAACCGAACGCCGAGCACACCGUAACGGUCGACUUUCUGACUGAUGACCGAUUCGAGAAGGUGGAGGAACGGGAGAUUUUACGAAAAGAGAUCUUGAAAGACAGUGCUGCGAGUAGUGCUCGACGAGAUGAGGUAAAAACCCCGACGUAACCUUUGUCUUCUUCUUUGUUAUUUAUAAUUCGGCCGCGUGUUUUUUGUUUUUGCGCAAUUUUUGCGUAACUCCCUCGGGCUAGUUUGUGGUUGUUGUACUUUAAAGGUCAAAAAAGGGGUGUUUUUAUGACAAGAGAACAUAUAUCUUUGGUCAGGGAAAACUUUGUUUUUCGAACUUCUUUGGAAUAGGGUUUGUCACCCUUGAACUUUUGUGUAUCUGUAAUUUUUAUCGGUAAAUAUCGACCUUGCAAAUGUUGACGAUAAUUACACGUUUCUUCCAAAAUUGCUGCCAUAUCAAAAGGACUACAUUGGAACUACGGUCUUUCAUCAUCAAUCAUCUUUUUUCAUGCCUUUCCGUCAUAUCCUUCAACGGUUUGUUUUGAUAUUACAGGGUGGGCCAAAAAAAAUGGACAUAAAUUUUUCUUCGAUUUUUCCUGCCAUGAAACAGUUUGUGAAAAAAGGUAUAUACGGCAUGAAAGUACUGUGUUAAAGGAACAUAGUUACUGUAGAACUUUUGUCCUAUCUGCAAAAGUUUCUAACAUACGGUUGCAGGAAAGUCACCGGGUCAGCGCGCCAAUUCCCGCGGCAAAAUUUCAAAAGAUCUUGCUCCUAAAUUUUUUAGAGCCGCCAUAAAGACAUACCAAGCGGUCUAAGCAAAUCUAGGAGACCUGUCCCCUUAGACUUUAAAAGGAUUUAACCCAAGCUUUUCGGAAAAUUAAGAACCAGUGACCAGAAGUUAGACACUCGGGCAGGGAAAAUCGACCUUCAUAUGGGCUCUUUCGGAAAAAACGACGCUCUUCCAAACGUGGUGAACAUUUUGAAACUAGUUACCCCCAUACGGUGUUUACUACUAUAUGAUGAAUAUACUAAGCGCAUUUUUGACAAUAGUACCACUCACUCAGCAAGAUGGCAAGCAAAAAAUCGAUUUUUUUGACUUUUUGAUGGGUCAUCGCAAUAAUACAUGGAUUCUGAAGGCUAGCUGCAUCCUCAUUUUAUGAAACUGACUUAAAAUGGAAGAAAGGGGUCGUAUCACCUUGAUAUAAAAGUAUCCCGUCAUAGUUAUCCGGCACGUUGAAAAACGCCAACAAAAAAGAAAAAAUUUUCUGGUCAAAAAAUAUCAGCGUCUCUGGGUAUAGCCGGCUGAAAUUUUUUAAGGUCUGCGCACGGCUGAUGCAAGCUAUUAUCAAAUCAACUGCUGGCCCAUGUAAAGCAAUGUUUGAUGUCUUACAGUGACCACUUUUUGCCAUCAAUAGCAUGAGCCGGGCUCCCCUGCGACUCUUGAAUGUCAAUUAUCUCAAAAAUCUAGAAUUAUCUAGAUGGACCUCUUGUGGAUCACGUUGAGAACUGCUGGGGCGAAAUUAAUAGAAUACUAUCAGCUUUUUUGCUUCUGUGGGCUCCCCUUAGUGUCAUGAUAAACAGUCAACCACCAGUUUUGGGCUGGUCGUAGAGAUUCAGGUCAUUGAAGAUUUUUGGACUCAAAAAAUUUUCGGAAAACGUAGUCAGAAUAUGGACUGGUCGAGCAUUUUGGCUUGUAUCAGCGGUUCAACAAAAGUAUAUAAAAAAUUUAAAUAGUUGUGAUAAAGUAGGAUUGUUCACAAUUCUAAAACUAUUUUACUUUCCGUUGAUUACGGUAUUCGUGCCGGGAUACACCGACUUGUAAUUUUGUCCAUUUUUUUUGGCCCACCCUGUAUAAUAAAAAUUGCUUUCUUCUUGCCUAAAUUCCUUGAAUAUUACCCUUAUUUUUGUCUUCUCAUGCUCCUUGAGCCAUUUUUAUAUCUUUUUGGUUGUUAUAAUUUGUAGGAUUGCUGAUUUUUUAAUAAUUUUAAUGUCAUCAUUUUUUUCUACCUACAAUUUAAAGCAUUUUUCACAUUUUUUGUAAAUACUGAACUACUGAUUUCAGAGAUUCUCCCGUGGAUCCCACAAAAACUGGGAUCCUUUGGAAAAGAAGCCGGACAAGAGCUACACCUAUCACAAGCGCAAGGACACUACUCCAGUCAAGGUUAAGAUAAAAGAAAUGUCCGUGGAUUACUCUCCCACCAACUUCGAGGAAAGCCGCGCCCGAAUCGAUGCCGCCUCGAGGCAAGAGAAUGUCAGAGUCAAGAAAGUUGGCGACACAACGAUUGUCACCGAGCAUCGAGAUCCUUAUUCAUUCUACUGGCAAUUGGAUCAGUUCAAGAAGAAAGAGCCGGAUCCACCGAGAAGACCGCCGGUCUCGGAUUAUGUGAUCGAAGAAGAGGAGGUCCAAGAGACAGUACUUUCGCCUGACAGUCAUGACAGUGGUGUCCACUUUAUCGAACGAGAAAGUCAAUAUUCUCGACCAGUGAAGGAGGAGAUGCGAAGACUUCCGGCCGGAUGGGAAAAACAUGAGGGUGGGCGCUUUUUUGGGCAAAGUCAUCUUCCUUAAAACUUUUUUUUUGGAGUCUUUGGAAACAAUAGAAGGCCAAGUCUUUGCCCUAAGGUCAUUGGGUAAAGAAUUGGCUAGGGGUCAGAUGUCGGGGUGGGCAUGGAAUUAGGUUGGUUAAGCCGCAAUUUGAAGGCUUUGUGUAACAAAAAUGAUGACUGUUUUUUUUCUAAAAUCCGAAAAAUUAUUUCAAGAAGACUACUGAAUCUUUUCAACAAAAGAAAACUUUUUUUUGACGAAAAUGUUGGAAAGAUACCACCGGAAUUUCCAGAUCGUAUCAUCUAAAACAUCAAAAAAUUUCGAUUGUUUUUCUUCCGGCAUUUCCUUUUUCAAUUUCCCCUUAAUUUACCCUCUUUUCCUUCUAUUUAUAGCGUUUGUUUGUAUACAUUACCCGCAUAACGGCCCCACAAAUCUAGCUCUAAUGCAUGGACAAAAGAUUAGGAAUGCCGCUUCCUAUGAAAACAUUGUUUAAAAUGCACAUUCUUCCAGAUCCUUCCGGCUUUUCGUACUAUUGGCAUGUAGACAGUGGCACCAUACAACGGGACCCUCCGGUAAGAAAACGUUCGCUAUUAACACGUCUAAUGACUAAUCUCUCACAUGUUUUGAUUAAUUUUAACAAAGGUGAAGGGAGCUGAGAACCAAUGCUGACUAAAUUAUUGAGUGGAAUGGUAGGCGAGUGAUGAUAAUUGAAAAAUAAUAAAUUUAAGAUAUUUUGCUUACUAAAUCAUGGCUUCAUAGUAAUUUUAGUGCGACUGAUUUUAACAAAAUUGCAUUAAACUACCGUAAUAUUUUGCAAAAUUGAAAUUUCAAUAAUUUUAACCUUUUUGAUAGCUUAAAAUAAUAUAAAAUUUGCUGAUUUAGUAUGAAUAAUACACUAUAAGUCGUUUGAAAUGCAAUUUUGAUCCGUUUUCAAACAAAUACAGCGCUUAGAACUAUAAAUUCCACCAUUUUCGGAGAUUUUAGCGGGUUUCGAAUAGGCCAGAGGUCCCCCAACCACCUCCACCCAGUCCCCCGAUUUACGCAGAAGAACCGAAACGAGAUCCCUAUCCUCAGAACCCUCCGCCGCCAGCCGCUCCCGCCUCGCCGGCUCCGCCUGCGGAACCAGUCAUCGAGGAGCACGUGUUCAAACAGGUCACCACGAAGAGAACCAUCGAGAAUCACGACGAAGCCGAGGAUUUUAUUGAAGCUGACAUUGGACAGAAGGUAGGGCAGUAUUUCUUUUUGUUGCGAAAAAAAAGUUUUUUAUUUGCGUUUUGCUUUUUUGACACUGUAAAUUUUAUAUGUUUUUUAAUUUUAGAAUUCACCGCACUGUGCAAAGUCAGAUUUCUUUUAAAAAAUGCAUAAUUUUGUAUUUUAGCCGAUUCGUUUCAUGGUCCGUUCACUUGGCUGGACCGAGAUCAGCGAGAGUGAUCUCACGACGGAACGGAGCUCCCAAGCUGUAAAUAAAGCCAUUCGAGACUUGUCUUCCGGCGCCUUAGGCAAUGUGCAGAAAUGGGGAAACGGAAAAGAACUAAUCCUCGAACUCACCGACAAUGACCUACUUCUUAUUGAUCCAGAGACGAACAAUGUCAUCCACUCAGAGAAAAUCCAAUUUAUCCGAGUUUGGGGGGUCGGUCGGGAUAAUGGAAGGUAAGAAUAAAAUCUUCGUUAUGAAUCAAUUCAACUUUUUGUAGAGAUUUCGCAUACGUAGCACGCGAUCGAAAUGGAAGGCAGUUUCUUUGCCAUGCCUUCCGCUGUGACACCCCAGCCAGAGCGAUUGCAAACACCCUACGGGACAUUUGCAAACAGCUGAUGGUGAAUCGCCAACCCCCUCAGGCAUUUACACCGGCCACGGAGAGGUCGGAACGACGGCUUGUUAGUGAGUUUUUUAGUCAUCAUUUUCAUGCCAUCUGGUAUAAUAGUUCAAAAAAAUAGUUUUUUUUUUUCAAAAACUCGCGGUUUAAACGUUUAUAAUUUUCAGAAGAAGCCACAGUAACUCCUAUUGACGAGGUUCAGAAAGUGAUCCGCUGUCAUUUUAUUGGAGUCACGGAGGUCCCUCGAGCCACUGGAAUUGAGAUCUUAAAUGAUGCCGUAGAUCGAUUGGUACGGCAAGUUCCAACUGACAAAUGGAUCCUCUCUGAUGUCUCUAUUGCCCUGUCUAAUAUUACGAUCAGAGAUAUCAAUGGCGAGGAGAUUGCUCAAUGCCGAGUCAGAUAUUUGUCGUUUUUGGGAGUUGGACAGGAUAUUAAGUAAGUAUUGGGUAUCUCCGACGUUCCUUAAUUUGUCAUAGCCCUUAGAAAAAACCCUGAAAAUUUAAGGUUUUUUCAGUUGUCACAGGCAGUACCAAUCCUAUAAAUUUUGCAUUUUUAGACACUGUGCGUUUAUUAUGCACACCUCGACGGAGAACUUCCUUUGUUACGUUUUCCACGUCGAACCCUCGGCUGGCUUAAUGGCCAAGACAAUCGAAGCCGCCUGUAAAUUACGAUAUCAGAAAGUGUUGGAUGCUCACAUUGGAAGAUCGAGUCGACUUCGGUUUUCUGGAUAUUAA